AUGGAACUCCCAGUGACAAACGCCAAACGCGCAAUCCGAUUUUAUCGAGAUGUCUUCCAAUGGAACAUCCACGAAGAAGGCUACGAUCAACAAUUCGAUGGCAUCGAGAGAGUCUAUUUUUUCAACAAGGGGAAUUUUCGGGGAAGUCUUAACCUGGUUCGUAAAGAUCAAUUUUUCGACAUGAGUGCAGCGGCUACGAGCUCUCUGUUAGGAGAUGAUGUGACCAUAAAAGAGCAACAAUGGAGACCGCUGUUGGGAGCCACGAGCUCAUUCGCAGUUGAAGAUAUGGAUGAAACGUUGGAAAAGAUUGUAAAUGGCGGUGGGAGGAUAUUUCAAGACAAACAAACUCUCGGAAGAGGAAUGUACUCUAUCGCCAAGUUUAUUGAUACCGAAGGCAACAUCUUCGCUUUAUUUUCAUUUCAUAUUCUGGAUUCUGAUUGA